AUGUGCAAGGGAACUGUCUUACUUCAGGCACAGACGUUCCUCUGCGUUUCUACAUCUUCAAGAAGUAUUCCAGGGAACUUUCGCAUCCGAUCAGAUGACGUUCGCACUGCGUCACAGAGUGACCUCCCCCAGCUCUCGCGGCUGGCAGUCCAAGCAAUCUCUCAAGUCCAGCAUGGUCUCGUCGACGCACUCAGAACCAGAAUCGAGAAGAACAGCGGAGCUCCGGCGGAAGACUGGCCGGAACGACCCCCGCCGGAUCUCAAACACCGGAUGUCGAUCUCGAAAACCAUAGAACGACAGGCAAAGAAGAUUUUCCAGGCCGCCGAGCAGUGCACAUCCGUCGAGCAGAAGGCGCACGAGCUGUGCCAUUGCUACGCCGCGCUGCGUCUGUGUUGCUCCGAGCUGCACUACGAGAUUGAGCAAUCCGCUGAGGAGGCGGAAUUCUGGCGGAACGAAACCCGGGGGCUCGCGGAGGUGCGGCUGCAGGAGGCGCGAGAGGAAGCUGCGGAGGCCGAAAAGAGGACUGAAGCAAUCCAAGAAUGGCAGAAGGCCGUGAAGUCAGUUUCCGCUUUGCAAGACAAAAUCAUUCACCUCAUCGAGCUCGAGCGCUCAGGCGAAGAAGAGGAGACCAACGACGAGAUCUGGGUCGACUCAGACGGAGAAUUGCAGAUUCGAUGGCGAAAGGAACUGAGCAAGAAGAGUAGCCGGUUCUUUUGGACAGGCAUCGACAAAAAAGUCAAUAGGGUUGGCUGGCCGUGGCUGCCAAAGGGAGUGACCGUUUCCGAGGAGCGCAAGGCUGCCGUUAUGGAGGAAGCGUUCCGUGAGAUGCGCGAGGUCUACGAAGGCUUGCAGCGCGAGCUCGCGCGCUCGGCGGCUGAAGCGGAGAGCUUGCGCAGGGCUGCGCCAGAAACGUGGAACGUGGGGGAUCCAGUAACGAAUGAGGGAGGGCAGGUUGAAGUCGAAAAUGAUCAAGCAGGAGAGUGA